CUCGGCACCCUGAUCUUAGGCGGCAAUCCCAGCCCUUGAGCAUGUAAACCUCUGUUCCCUCCUUCGUCCACAGUGCCAUAGCUCGGAAAUUCCCCACUCCCACUUCCUUCCCCUCUCUCUCCACCUCUUUCACGCUCCCCUAGCGGGCCCAGUUGAUCAUCAUCUUGUUCAGUUUCAGGGAUAUUAUCUGUCCGUAUGGACCGUGGCCUUACACGAGCAUCUUGUGGCAGGGAUGCGAGAGCUGAUGAGGAGAAGGGCGAGAAGAGGUCUGACACUGCGUGGAUUGAUCGACGGAUUAGCCCAUCGGCGGAGGAGUCGCGCUUGGUGGACAUCUUAUCUUUCUCAAAGCUCCAACACCUAGCUGCUACAAGUUAGGGGUUAUUGAGGAGACGGAACCGAAUGGUACACGCUGAGACGCAGGUCCACCGUCAACUUGGCGAUUAACGGGUACGGUAAUUGCCG